AUGGCUGAAUCGACGUUGACGGUUGAUAUACCGGAAGGAUAUUAUCCCCCAUUUGCAGUGGUCACCGAGCACGAUCACACAGCUUGGAUCCUCGUAGCCACAGCACUAGGUCUGUCGUGGUCCUUGAUGUUUGGUGCCAUCAGAGUCUUCGUCCGAUGGACAAACAACCGGAGCAUUGGCAAGGACGACAUUCUCCUUGCAGUUGCAACGGGGUUGACCAUCGUUCAGUCGUCCAUCCUAUUCAAGGCCUGUGAUCAAGGCCUCGGGAAGUCCCUAGAGCUGUUGAAGGAGGAGGCGCAGGAUGCGGUUCAAAAGAUAUACUAUACUGUUCAGAUUCUCGUCGUGGUGAUACUCGGGUUGUCAAAACUCUCGGUCAGCUUCUUCUUACUGCGCCUGACACAAAUCAAGCACCACAGGCUGUUUCUCCGACUUCAAGUCAUCAGUGCCUUCGAUAUCCUAUCCGAGAUUGCCCUGGUUCUCAUGACUGUCAUGCUGGUUUGGAAUCUCAACACAACCAUCUCGAACAAGGCAGUGGUUGUUGGCACAUUCGGUCUCCGGUUAGGGUAUGUCCCAUAUGAUGAGCGUACUACCUACGGUCUCAUGGUUAAAUCGUGUAAUGAAGCUCGCUUAACUGGGAUGCAAAACAGCUGCCGCUUGAAUCGGCGAAGCAGCAGUUGGGCACCGCUUGAGCAGGCGGCCCUCCUACUACAUAAGUUGACCUUGCUGCUGUUUGUCGUCGAAUGGCACCCUAGCGCUAUAUUACACGAUUUACCCAUGAGACUGUUGUAUGCAAAGGAUAUGCUCCUGGACUUUGUUAACGCUUCUGGUAGCUUGAUCAUCGCCAUCGGUUUCCGUAUCGGCACAUUUGACGCAACUGGUCGGGCAGCAGAUCCAACCCUGCAGGAUGAUUUAUUCAUUGUAUGGACACAGACGGAGCUGAAUUACUCCCUUAUCUCUGCCACCAUUCCGACCAUCCAGUCAUUUGUCAACAAUCUCAACACCCAAUUCGGUGGCAUCGGGACAUCCGGCAGCGGACGUGGAUAUGGUAGUGGUUACGGCCUCGAAACUGGUCCUGGCAACUAUCAAUUAUCGAAUUUGAAAUCGGUCGACAAGAGCGAGGGAAGAGAGGCGUUUGUGCCGAGUCAACAGGGAACUGGCGUGAAUGCAGAACCUAAGUAUGGAAUCUGGGUGGCAGGGAACGCUCCAAAGGGGAACCAUGUGCCCGCGAAGAGAACAAAGGGUGGCGGCGAUGCCACCAGCGUGGACAGCAACGACAGUCGACAGAUGAUCAUCCAGAAAGAUGUCACUUGGGAAGUCCACAUGGAAGACCAUUGUUGA